AUGGGGAAUACGGUCGGAACCAGCGCGCAGAUGGAUGGUCGGAAUUCUUCGGCCAGAGAUACUACAUCCUGCUGCUUUGGGGCAUGGGGAGAACGGCAGACGGCCGAAAGAAAGCUUCCAAAUCUGAAACAUGUGGCCUCUAGAACAAGAUCGGCAAGUCCCAGGGUUGGACCAACUGCAGCCCACGAUGCGAGUUGA